AUGAUGAAUGGGAGGAAUGUGAGAGAGUCUCUUCUGGGAUCUCUCAACAAUCACCGUAGAGGGCAUAGCUUUAAUGGGGUGGCCAAUAACAACCACGAUGACAACCUCGAUCUUUUCUCCAACAGCCGUCGCUCCCUCUCUCUUGCUUCUUCUGAUGAAUCUUCAGAUGUUUCGGUGAAACUGGGGAGGCUCUCAGUUGGAACAGCAAAACCUGUUAGAAGUGGGAUUGAUGAUCUGUUAUCAUCUACAGAAGGAGGAAAACAUGAUUAUGACUGGCUUCUCACUCCCCCGGGGACCCCUGUUUUUCCAUCAGAAGGUGAAUCCCAAUCAACCCUAGUUCCUCCAAGGAGAAGUUUGACUAGAUCAACAUCUACCACUAAGGCCUCAAGACUUGCAGUCUCACAAUCAGAGAACAGCAAUCCCACUAGACCAGCAAGAAGCAGUUCUGUGACUCGUUCUUCCAUCUCCACUUCACACUCACAAUACAGCUCCUAUUCUUCAAACAGAAACUCCUCCUCAAUCCUCAACACAAGUUCAGCCUCAGUUUCCUCUUACAUAAGACCAUCUUCCCCCAUAACUCGCUCUUCAUCUACAUCAAGGCCUUCCACUCCCUCAUCUCGUCCCACAGUAUCACGGUCCUCAACACCCUCCAAACCACGUUCAGUUUCCACCAACUCGACUGCUGAAAGGCAUAGACCAUCAUCACAAGGCUCAAGACCAUCCACACCUAGUUCUAGGCCUCACAUUCCUGUAAACUUGCAUUCUCCAUCUGCUCCAUCAACUCGGUCUCUGUCUCGGCCUUCUACUCCCACACGUAGGAGCUCAAUGCCAUCUUUAUCUCCUUCCCCUUCCCCUACAGCAGGUUCUUUGUCUUCAUCUACCCGUGCUUCAAUGAAUGGACGCAGUUCAGCACCUGCGUCAAGGCCAAGCUCACCAAGCCCGCGAAUUAGGCCUCCACCACAGCCAAUUGUUCCUCCUGAUUUCCCCCUUGAUACACCACCAAACCUCAGAACAACAUUGCCUGAUAGGCCCGUUUCUGCAGGCAGGUCGCGUCCUGGUGGUAGCACUUUGAAGGCAAAUUGUUCUGAACCUCAAGCCUCUGCCGUUACUAUGCCAAGGAGACAUUCGUCUCCUGUUGUUAGUAGGGGGAGAGUGGCAGAACCUUUGGUGAAAAACCGUGGCUAUGCCAAUGGCCAUCAUGCUGAUGCUCCUGAGACUAGGAAAGUCUCACAUGCUCCUGAGCUUGCUGCAAGGAAAUCUGUUAAGGCCUCAACUACUGCCACUGACAACACAGGAUUUGGGAGGACUAUCUCAAAGAAAUCCUUGGAUAUGGCUAUUAAGCACAUGGAUAUAAGGAAUAGCUCAGGAAAUAUUCGUUCAUUAUCAAGCACCACACUCUUCCCUCAGAGUAUUAGAACUUCCACUCCCAAGAGCCAGUCUCAUCGAGUUUCGAGUGCUCCAGCAUCUGUAGACAUGAAUGGAAACAAUGGAUCCAAUUUUGAUAUGGGAAAUGGUAUCAGUAAUAGGAUUAUGAUGAAAGGUAGGGAGGUAGAUGAAAGACAAUAUUCUGCAAAAGUGAGUGAAGUGGACAUCUACGAGAGUUCUCGUUAUGAUGCACUGUUGUUCAAAGAAGAUUUGAAGAACACAAACUGGCUGCAUGGUGCUGAUGAGAAGUGUGAUCAAGGCCCCAUAUUUGAUAACGGAUUCGAGCACCUUCCUGAACCUUUUGGCCUCUUGUAA